AUGUCCGACUCAAAGAAGAAGCUGGCUCUGGCCAUCAUUGACUUCCUCAACACCUCUCUCAAAGACGGUACCCUCCAGUCUGACGACUCCGAAUCUAUCGAGAUCGCAACUUCAUGCAUCGCCGAAGCGUUCCAUGUCGAUCCUACCGACAAGACUGCCAUGACCCAAGCUCUNGGGGGACAGAACCUGCUCAGCAUCUACGGCGUGUACGAGAAGCUGAAGGGCAAGAGCACCGCCAGCACUGAGGGCGCCAGCAGCGCUAAGGAGGGCCGCCCUUCCACCCCUACCGCUUCCUCCAAGGGCGCCAACGAGAAGUCGAAUGCUCCUACCGCCGAUUCUGAGUCGCUCAAGGCCCAGGGUAACGCUGCCAUGCAGAAGAAGGACUACGCUACCGCCAUCGACUACUACACCCAGGCCCUCGAAAUCGCNCCCCUGAACACCAUCUACCUUUCCAACCGCGCCGCUGCCUACUCCGGUGCUGGCCAACACGAAUCAGCCAAGAACGACGCAGAGCUCGCUACUGCUGCCGACCCCAAGUACACCAAGGCCUGGAGCAGACUUGGUCUCGCACGUUUCGCCCUUGGAGACGCUCAGGGCAGCAUGGACGCAUACAAGGCCGGUAUUGAUGCUGAGGGCAAUGGAGGCAGUGACGCCAUGAAGCGUGGUUACGAGACUGCCAGAAGAAGAGUUGAAGAGGAGGGUGGUGUUACCGAGGACUCUUCCCGUGGCGCCCCUGGCGGUGGUGCCGGCGGUAUGCCCGACCUCUCAUCCCUUGCUGGCAUGUUCGGUGGUGGUGGCGCAGGUGGCGCAGGUGGUGCUGGCGGUAUGCCCGACUUUGCCAGCCUCAUGCAGAACCCUAUGAUGCAGCAGAUGGCACAGAACCUCAUGAAGGACCCCAACAUGAUGAACAACCUGAUGAGCAACCCCCGCGUCAGAGAGAUGGCCGAUAGAUUCGGUGGAGGUGGUGCCGGAGGUGCCGGAGGUGCUAGCGGUCAGGGCGGCGGCAUGCCCGAUCUGUCCAGCUUGAUGAACGACCCCAGCAUUGCUGAGAUGUGA